CGAAAUUAGUUCACUAUGCGCGUCUAGAAAAUAAGACGCUUGAUUUAAUAUAUACGUGUUCCAUGAGCAUUAUGUUAAUAUAAUUUUAAAAUUAUCUUUGUGAUAUUGUGUUUUAAAAUGGGCUUCAACUUCACGAGGAGGCAGUGGUUGACUGUGAUCGUCAUAUCAGCUGCUGAUUUUUGCAACGCUAUCUGUGUUGCUCUACAGGCUCCGUUUUUUCCGCAUGAGGCUGAACUGAAAGGCUGUUCAGCAACUGAAUAUGGCCUGGUCUUCGGGAUAUUUGAGCUGGUGGUGUUCAUCAUUAGUCCUUUUUACGGCGCUCACCUGAACAAGCUGGGCCCAAAAAUGGUUUUCAAUACCGGCAUUUUAACAACCUCCACAUGUGCUAUAUUAUUCGGGUUGCUGGACAAAGUUGAAGGUCAUAUCCUAUUUGUUACGCUGGCUUUUGCUAUACGAAUAGUUGAAGCAUUGGGGAAUGCUGCCUUCCUUACAGCGUCUUUCGCUAUCAUAGCCAAGGAAUUCCCUAACAAUGUUGCUACUAUGUUUGCUUCCUUGGAAACAUUCUUCGGACUCGGUCUGAUCGUUGGUCCUUUGGUCGGUGGAUCAUUAUAUAGUGUAGGAGGAUACUAUCUCCCGUUUGCAGUUUUGGGCUUUAUACUCUUCCUAACUGCCAUACUCUGCUACCUCACUUUACCCAAUACCCCUGACGAUGAAGACAUAAGGCCGACUGGACCGACGAUGAUAUCGCUCCUCAAGAUUCCUGGUGUAUUUUUAACAGCAAUAACGAUAACCUCCACAAGUUUGAGUCUUGGUUUCCUCCAGGCAACGCUGGAACCUCACUUGAGACAGUUUGAAUUCUCACCGAUAAUCUUGGGUUUAAUCUUCAUUAUCAACGGUGGUCUUUACGCGGUGUCCGCUCCUUGCUGGGGCUGGCUCUGUGACCAUCCCUCAAUAAAACCAAAAUACAUUACCGUUGUUGGACAUAUGUUUGUAAUUGGAGCCUUUCUAAUCGUCGGGCCAGCACCCUUUAUGGAAAUUCCAACGUUAUUAUGGAUGACAAUACUCGGACUUGUACUCCAUGGACUCGGCCUGGGUAGUUUACUCGUGUCUUCGUUCUCUGACGCCCUCGGGACUGCUAUUUCAAACGGUCUCCCAAAUUCAAUAGAAACGUAUGGGCUGGUCUCAGGCAUGUGGACGUCCACGUUUGCUUUGGGCGCCUUCAUUGGACCCACUGUAUCCGGACUAUUAUUCGAUUCCAUAGGAUUCAGGAAUUCCACGCAGUUUGUAGUUAUCCUUCAUUUGUGCGUUAUGGUAGCGGUGUUCCUGUUCCUGUUCUCAUGUGAUCGCUCCAAGAUGGAGGUGUCUGUGUCAGCUGGCGACCUCGUGCAGCUGGACGGAACGCUGGAUGAGAGUGUUCUCAUAGGAGAGAAGUUUAUGCAACCGGCGACCAGAACAAAGAGUCGUCGGUAUGGUAUAAGCGUGGAACAGUCUCGCCCGCCAGCAAUGAACAGCCUCAUAGCUUGCUCCAGCUACAAGAACCGUCGGAGUCCUUGGAGCCAACGUACACCUCGAUAUCGACCUUCAUACGGCAGCCUAGACCACCGUUUCAGAGCGUCCCUCUCCGUUACAUAAUGGUGCGGAUUAAAACUAAUUGGUUACAUUUUGUAAGCACAGAUGGCGCUCCUACGAAUUAUGUCAAAUAUGUUUAUGUCCACCCAAAGAUGGCUCUGUUUUAAGCUUUACGAACUUUUUGUUUAUAACUCCUCCAUAGAGAGCGCUGCCGCAAUUUAUUUUCAAAUAUUUGUUAUAAUAGUUUUUAAUGAAUAUACAUAUAUAUAUAAAUUUAUGAACAAAAACCAAAAUCGCUAAGGUUGUAUUAGGGAGUUCAUAAAAAUAGUUUAUUUGAUGCUUAACGUAUCAAGAUAAACUAUUUUUUUUUUCAAUAUAUUUAUUUUUAUACCAAAAAUUAUACUCAUAUGAUAGUUACCGAUUUUGUAA